AUGGCUGCAGCAUCCGCAGCAGAGGAGCCGAGCUACGACUUGUCAAAACCCGAAUCUUUCCUCGACUUCCUCGAAGAUGCCGGCAUCUGCCUGGUGCGCCUUGAGUACCUGAUGGAGCUCUCUGCGUCCGGGAGGCCUCUGCCGCGCCGGCAAGAGGCAGAAACGGAGAAGACGAGCUCCGGGGCGCCGGCGCUCGUAGAGAGCAGCGAGCUCAAAGAAGUGAGCAUUGACCCCAAUACAGCCCACAUGUCUGUGAUGCUCCGGCACCCAGUGCCCAGACGGGUCCAAGUCCACCUCGUCUCCAUCAGCCACAUGUGGGAGAGCAUGCAGCAUCCGGAUCCGUGGAGGUUCCAGCUGGAGGCCAUCGUGGAGGAGUUCCGUCCCCGACUGCUGGAUUCCGUAGUUUGGAUCUUCUACGACUUCGUGUCCCUGCAUCAAUACAUCAGAAACGAUGAUCAGGAGCGGCUCUUCCGGCGUGCGCUUCGCGACAUUUUUGUCAUGUACUCCCACGAUGCCGUGGAAGUCCAUCGGAUCGAGAUGCUGACUCCGGAGAGCGUGCGAGAAAGGUGCGUGGCAGCGCACGGACCCAAGAUCUGCGUUUAUUGGGAGGAAGAGCAGAAGAUGACGGACGUGCUUAUCACCAAACUCAAGCGAAACGAGACGCCCUACGAGGAACGGGGCUGGUGCCGGUCCGAGAAGGAGUGGUCUGCCCUUCGGACUUGGAUGAAGGGCGAAAAUCCGGUGCCGCUUCCGCCAGACAUGUUCCGGGCACGGAUGCAGCAGAUGAAGUUUACACACAGGGAGGACUCGGAGGAGGUCUUCAAUCUCCAGGCGAAGGUAUUCCUCCAGAAGGCCGCGUCCACGACCAGGCUCCUCAUCGAGAACUUGGAUGAGGACAAGAUCGCCGUUCUGUUAGCAGCUCUGCCUUUCUACACCAAGCUGAAAGAGCUCGUGGUCGCGGGCAGCCCCAAGACUGCUUGGAAGGUGUCCUUGGCCGUGGUGGAAUCCGGCGCCUGCAACGUCGAGAUCGCGUGCGAGAAUGUGCGGGACGAAGAUGCGAUAGCUUUUGCGGCCGACUUGGCCAAGAAGAAGUGCCGUCACCUGCAACGGCUGCAACUCAAGUGCGAGACGAUUGGUGAGCUGGGUAGGCAAGCUCUCGAGCAGACGAUGACGCGCCGCAGGGCGAGUCUGGUGAUCAGCAUUCCAGACGGCAGUCGGGGCUAUGACGGGCAGGGGAUGGAGCCAGCGGUGGCCUCGGAGGCUUGCGUGACGCUGCGCAUCCUUCCUGUGGAUGUCAGUGCAGCCGAUUCGUUGAAAUUGCAUGCAGCCGCCAUGACGCAGAUCUUGAGCGUCCUGUGCUGUAGACGCAGACGGACCGAGCCGACGCUGCAUCCCGCAGGGUCAGAGGCUGGUCCGGACAGGGCGGGCAUCCAACUACCCAGCAGCCUGCAGAGUUUGACGUUUGGCAGAGACUUCAACCAGAGUUUGAAGGGCAUCCAGCUACCCAGCAGCCUGCAGAGUUUGACGUUUGGCCACGCGUUCAACUAUAGCCUGGAGGGCAUCCAGCUACCCAGCAGCCUGCAGAGUUUGACGUUCGGCGACAGCUUCAACCAGAGUUUGGAGGGCAUCCAACUUCCCAGCAGCCUGCAGAGUCUGACGUUUGGUGCUUCAUUCAACCAGAGUUUGGAGGGCAUCCAACUACCCAGCAGCCUGCAGAGUCUGACGUUUGGCUUUAAGUUCAACCAUAGCUUGGAGGGCGUCCAACUACCCAGCAGCCUGCAGAGUCUGACGUUUGGCAGGACCUUCAACCAGAGCUUGGAUGGCAUCCACCUACCCAGCAGCCUGCAGAGUUUGACGUUUGGCUUCGAGUUCAACCGGAGCUUGAAGGGCAUCCAACUGCCCAGCAGCCUGCAGAGCUUGACGUUCGACGAAGAGUUCAACCAGAGUCUGGAGGGCAUCCAACUACCCAGCAGCCUGCAGAGUCUGACGUUUGGCUUCAAGUUCAACCAUAGCUUGGAGGGCGUCCAACUACCCAGCAGCCUGCAGAGUUUGACGUUUGGCCACGACUUCAACCAGAGCUUGGCGGGCAUCCAACUACCCAGCAGCCUGCAGAGUUUGAAGUUUGGCAUUCACUUCAACCAGAGCCUGGCGGGCAUCCAGCUACCCAGCAGCCUGCAGAGUUUGACGUUUGGCCAGGAGUUCAACAACCAGUGGCCGAACUUCAUCGAGCCACCCAGCAGUCUGCAGUUUGGGGAGUUUGGCAAAAAAACUAUCCAGAGCCUGGCGGGCAUCCAACUACCCAGCAGCCUGCAGAGUUUGACGUUUGCCUUCAAGUUCAACUAUAGCUUGGAGGGCGUCCAACUACCUAGCAGCCUGCAGAGUUUGACGUUUGGCAGAGCCUUCAACCAGAGCUUGCAAGGCAUCCAACUUCCCAGCAGCCUGCAGAGUCUGACGUUUGGCAGGACCUUCAACCAGCGCUUGGAUGGCAUCCACCUACCCAGCAGCCUGCAGAGUCUGACGUUUGGCAGGACCUUCAACCAGAGCUUGGAUGGCAUCCACCUACCCAGCAGCCUGCAGAGUUUGACGUUUGGCUUCGAGUUCAACCAGAGCUUGAAGGGCAUCCAACUGCCCAGCAGCCUGCAGAGUUUGACGUUUGGCUUCGAGUUCAACCGGAGCUUGAAGGGCAUCCAACUGCCCAGCAGCCUGCAGAGUUUGACGUUUGGCUAUAAUUUCAACCAGAGCUUGGAGGGCAUCCAAUUGCCCAGCAACCUGCAGAGUCUGACAUUGGGCGGUGGUUUCAACCAAAGAAUGGAGAGCGUCCAACUGCCCAGCAGCCUGCAGAGCUUGACGUUCGACGAAGAGUUCAACCGGAGCCUGGAGGGCAUCCAACUACCCAGCAGCCUGCAGAGCUUGACGUUCGGCGGCAAGUUCAACCAGAGUUUGGAGGGCAUCCAACUACCCAGCAGCCUGCAGAGUUUGAAGUUUGGCAUUCACUUCAACCAGAGCCUGGAGGGCAUCCAACUACCUAGUGGCCUGCAGAGUUUGACGUUUGGCCACGACUUCAACCAGAGCUUGGCGGGCAUCCAACCACCCAGCAGCCUGCAGAGUUUGACGCCUAGCUUUCAGUUCAACCAGAGCCUGGAGGGCAUCCAACUACCCCACAGUUUGAAGACUUUCAAAUCAUACUCGUUUUGCGUAGGCAGCUUGUGA